AAAAAAUGAGACAAAAACGCGCUGCUGCCCAAAGUCUUUGAAUGUGUAUCGCGACAAGCUACAUACAAUAGCCUAAUCACCACUCAUGGAAUUCGAGUGAGAGCACGAGGAGGAAGAAAGAAUGGUGGAUGCUCUCCUCUCCUCCGCCAUAGCCAUACUCUGGAUCUCUUGUUCUCUCCCCUCCUCUCUCGCGCAGGACCAAUUCGCGUCAGGGCAAACGAUCGCCACCGCGGGCGCGGCAGCAUCGAUCUCCAGCGGCAGCUUCUCCCUCGGAUUUGCGCCAUCGCCGCGCAGCCCCGGGGAAUUCGAGCUAGGGAUUUGGUACCGCGCGGAUUCGCAGCAAGUCUUGGUGUGGGACACUGCCGCCCCGGCGUCACGCGCCGGCGCAAUCCUCCAGCUCUCCAGCGAUGGAUCCCUGGCGGUGCGCGACGGCGCCAGCACCACAUCGUGGACGAGCGGCGCCACUGGGGCUUCGUCCGGGCAGCUCCAAGAAUCAGGUAAUCUCGCGCUCCGGAACUCCAGCGGCCAGGUCGUGUGGAGCAGCUUCGAUCAUCCCAGCAGCACGCUCCUCCCCGGCCAAUUCCUCCCCAGGGGCCGCAAUCUCACCUCGCGCGCCGGCGGCUACACCCUCACCAUGGAUCAAUCGGGCAAUCUCACGCUUCGCUGGAGAAGCGCGCAGUACUGGAGCAGCGACACCGAUGGGAGUGGAAAUUCCUCGAUUCCCACGAAUGCGGUGGUGGAUGUCAAUGGCGUGCUCAAUCUCAACGCCACCUCCACAGUGCGCCAGUUCUUCCCGGAGGAUUAUGGGCCAGGGCAAAGCCGCCGCCUCACGCUCGACGACGAUGGCAACCUCCGGCUGUACACUCUAAUCGAGGCGGUAUGGUCCGCGCGGUGGCAGGCGGUGUCUGACCAGUGCCAGGUGUACAACUACUGUGGCAACUACGGCAUAUGCUCGUACCGCGCGGUACCGUCCCAGGCACCGGUGGCAUACCGCACGGUAUGCGACUGCCCGACUGGGCUGGGCUUCGUGGAUCCCAGCCGGCGUAACGCUGGAUGCACCAACACCGGGAAUGUGGCCAGCGAUUGUGCCACCGAGAGCAACCAGCUGAUCGCGACGAACUCCACCGCUUGGCUCGACAGUGGAUCCACCGUGACAUCGAACAGCAACAGCGAGCAGUGCACGAGCAAUUGCCGCGGCGAUUCCAGCUGCUUUGGCUGCCUCGUCCCAAACGAUGGAUCCGGCCACUGUGUCCAGUUUCGAUCGACGUCCAUGAGCGGCUACUCGUCCCCCUCGAUCCAAUCCACCGCCUUCCUCAAGGUGUGUACCUCGGCCGCGAAUUCUCCACCCACAUCGGUCUCGUCAGAGCCGCGAUCGUCGAAUCAGGGGCGGGCAAUCGGCAUUGCCGUGGGCGUCACAGUGGCGGCGCUGGUGCUGGCGGAGCUGGCGGUGGGAUGGGCGGUGUACCGCCGGCGGUACUCGAGACGGGUCCAGGAAGCCGCGCGGCACGCCAUCCUGGACUAUGCCUCUGGCGCGCCGAUGAGAUUCACGUACAAGGAGCUCCAGAACGCGACGUAUAACUUCCAGACGAGGAUUGGCGAGGGAGGAUUUGGCCCCGUGUACAAGGGAUCCCUCGCGCUCCCUGUGAGCAAGACCGCCAUAGCCGUGAAGAAGCUCGAGGGGAUUUUCCAGGGGGAGAAGGAGUUUCGUACCGAGGUAGCGACGAUCGGGAGCACGCACCACAUGAAUCUGAUGCGCCUGGUGGGAUUUUGCGCCGAGGGAGCCGCGACGCGAUUGCUCGUCUACGAGUUCCUGCCCAAUGGAUCGCUGGAUCGCUUCCUCUUCCACCACGACCACGACCUGGAAUGGGGCCAAGAUAGAUCCUGGCAAUCCAGCGACGCGUCGCGGCCAUUCUCGUUGCGAUCCAGCGAUAUUUCGAAGUCUGGAGGCCAGGAAGCAGCAUUGCCGUCGCGAUCCAGCAAUCUCUCACGAUCUGGCGCCCAGAAGGCAAGAUCCACCGCCACUGCAUCCACCAGCUUAUCGACAUCGUCAAGACCACUCGCACCCGGCGAAGAUGAGGACGAUUCUUACCAGGAAGCGCGGCCAUCGCUGGACUGGCCGACGCGAUUCAAGAUCGCGCUGGGCACCGCUAGGGCUCUCGCCUAUCUCCACGAGGAAUGCCGCGAGCCAAUCGUCCACUGCGACCUCAAGCCAGAGAAUAUCCUCCUGGACGAUAGCUUCGCACCCAAGGUCUCGGACUUUGGCCUGGCGCGGCUCAUCGACGAGGGCAACGCACGCAACCUGACCACUGUGCGCGGGACACGUGGCUACAUGGCGCCGGAGUGGCUGGCGAAUAUGCCCAUUACCGCCAAGUCGGACGUGUACAGCUACGGCAUGGUGCUGCUGGAGCUGGUGGGCGGGCGCCGCAACUUCGACACGUGCCGCGCGGUACCGCGCGGCAUGCAGCGGUACCCCGCGUACCUUUACAGGGAGCUCGAGGCCGGGCGGCUCGAGGGCGCGGUGGACGAGCGGAUGUACCGUGCGGAUGUUGACGGUGUGCAGCUGGAGAGGGUGGUGAAGGUGGCGUUUUGGUGUAUACAGGACGUGGCCAGUGCGAGGCCGGUAAUGAGCAAGGUGGUGCAAAUGCUGGAGGGGAAUUUGGCGGUGCUGCUUCCGCCGCCACCCAAGGUGGCGAUGGAUUCCUCCGCCUCCUCGUCUGGCAGCGCGACCGCCGCCUCCUCCUCCACUGCGUUCUCGAUCUCCUCGCAGUCGUCCGGGACUUCGUCUGCUCCGCAUUCGUUGAUUGGGAGAUGAAACUUGACGGAAACUUGAGAGGAACUUUGUUCCAAUACGGAUUUGUAAGAUAAAGGUGCAUUGUUUUGGGAAUUGGAAAAAAACGUGCAGAGGAAUUUCUUUUU